AUGAUGGUACCAAAUAAGUGUGAAAAUGAGAUAAUUAUUGGUGAUUUAAACCAAAACACAGUGCGCGAAGCAUUUAACACACUCAUGGUUGUGCACGACUUGCACAACCAUGUCACCUUUCCCACCCACCGCUCUGGAUCAUCCCUCGAUCCAGUCGUGACCGACCUUCCCUCCGAUACCAUACAGUGUUCUUCCCUAGACUUUGUAGGCACUUCGGACCAUGUGGCAGUCCUCACAAGGAUUAGUUUCAAGAGGCUGCGUGAGGAGUGCUACACUCGAACACUGUGGAGGUGGGAGAAGGACCGCUGGGUGCCCCACUCCACACACCAAGCCAAGGGAUCAGACCAACCCUGGUUUGGGCCAGAAUGUCGAGCUGCCUCCGACGCAAAGUACCAUGCCUGGCUCGCCUUUAAGAGGCAUCCCACAGCCUGGAACAGACAGCGACACAGGGAAGCAACCAACCACAUGAGGGCUACUCAAGGCUGGGCUUCUAACCAAUGGGUGACAGAUCUCAAGAGGAAGCUGCGGGGAGGCCAGGUGGGGUCCAAAUGCUGGUGGAGUCUUGUUAAGGAGCAACAAGGUGUGUCUAGGGGGAACACCAUUCCUCCCCUCCACCGGGAUGACGGUACAAUAGCGCAGUCUGCCCGAGAUAAAGCAAACCUCCUGGCCAAGCACUUCACUGAUAAGAUGUGCGUCUCCGACCCUAAAAGACCUCCACCCUCACUACCAAACAUAGUGAAAGAAAAAUUAUCAUUUGCCACAACGAGUGAAGUGGAAGUGAAGGCAGUGCUUUCAAAACUUGACGUGACAAAAGCAGUGGGUUCUGAUAACGUUAGCCCACACUUUCUUCGCCAGUGUGCUGAUGAGCUGGCUCGCCCACUCUCUACGAUAUUCAACCACAAGGUGCUCGAGUCCAUAGUGGCCUCAAGAGUCACAGAGCACCUUGAGAAGCACCACCUACUGUGUGGCCGGCAGUUUGGGUUCAGGCCGGGCAGAUCGGCCGCUGACCUGCACCUGCUGCUCACCUCGGAGUGGAGUGCUGCUCUGGACGCAGGGAAGGCCACUGCAGUUGUUGCCCUUGACAUCGAAGGGGCCUUUGAUAAGGUGUGGCAUGCAGGUCUCCUUGCAAAGCUCCGUGCAGCAGGUGUGGAUGGGCCCCUCUUGUUGCUGUUUGGUGAUUACUUGAGAGAGAAGAAUCUCAAAGUGGUCAUUGAUGGCCAGGAGUCUGAACAGCAUGCAGUAAGAUCAGGUGUUCCUCAGGGAAGCUGUCUAGGCCUCCUGCUCUGGAACAUCUACAUAAACGACCUCCUGCACUUAAUCCCCAGUGUAAGAGAUUAUGCUGAUGACCUCAUGCUGGCUCAGAGCUACAGCCCAGGGGAGGAGACUGACACGGCCGACCACAUGAACGUCACCCUGAACCGCAUUGUGUCGUGGGGCAGCAAGUGGCAAGUAAAAUUUGCCCCAAACAAAACACAGAUGUCAAUCAUCUCAAGGUCGAGGACGCCCCUCCAACUCAGCCUUGAGGGGCAAGCUAUACGGCGGCAAGACGAGAUGGAUGUACUGGGGGUCACAUAUGACUCCGCGCUGACCUUCAGGCCCCACAUAGAGCGUCUAGCCAGGGAGGCCUCGGGUAAGCUGGCGUCACUCAGGAGGCUCCUUGACGACAAAGGCCUGGAGAUCUUGUACAAGGCUCAAGUUCGUUCCUCCCUGGAGUACUCGUGCCUUGCUUGGGGAGGAGCGGCGAGCAGGCAUCUUUCCCUCCUGGACAGGGUACAGGCUCGGGCAGUGAGGCUCAUAAAGGACAGUGGAGGCAGAAAUAAGCCAAAGCUCCACUCCCUUCAACAUCGCAGGGACGUAGCGGGCCUCGCUGUGAUGUACAAAAUACAGCAACAGCGAAUCCCGCAUCUCCAAGCUCUCCGCCAGCCCCUGCGGCGGGCACAAGUGACCACCUGGGCUGUCACUUUAAUGCCUGCUGAAUUAUUUCAGUGUCGAUGCCGUACUUGGCACCAUCAACGCCAGUACGUCCAUCAUUAUGGUAAACUAUGGAACACCGUAAUUGCUGCACAGAUAGACUUCAGUGAAAUGAAUCUGCAGCAAUUCAAGGAAUGUGUGAACAUCUGGUUGCCAUAA